AACUUGACGUCAUUUCCUCGUGAUCGUGUGUAUGUGGUGUUUCUGCAAUUGAAAAAAAUAUGUCUGCAGGAGGUGGAGGUGCCUUUGGGGCAGGGAUGGCGGGUGCCCCUUUUGAUCCCGUACAAUUCAUCAAGAAACCACAGGUCAUAUUAAGGAUAGCAAGCACGUUAUUUGCAGUCAUAGUUUUUGGGUGUAUACUUGGAGAAGGUUGGCAUGGUAACAAUUGCCAAAUGAACAAUGAUCCCAAUGCUUGUGGAUAUGGGACAGGAAUAGGAAUCAUUGCCUUUCUACUCUGCCUAGGGUUUUUAGUUCUUGAUGCUGCUUUUGAAAAUAUCAGCAGUGUGCAGUAUAGAAAGUAUGUGGUCCUGGCAGACUUAGCAAUAUCAGGACUGUGGACCUUCCUUUGGUUUGUGGGAUUCUGCUACAUGGCUGAUGCUUGGAGAAGAACAGAUGUUCGAGACAUUACAAUUUAUGCACCUAGUGGUUAUGGGCAUGACAAUAUUCGAGCUGCAAUAGCAUUCUCUUUCUUCUCUAUAUUAUCUUGGGGAGGCAUAACUUUCUUUGCUGUUAGGCGGUAUCGUGAAGGAUUUGAAGAUACCUUUGCACAGAGAAGCAGUUAUGAUGACCAAACCCAAUCAUCUCCAUACUCUUCUUUCCCAGGGAGUGAAACGGGGGAUCCGUACCAGCAGCCACCCUUCAGCGGUACUCAGAAAGAGCCUACAGACUUCCAACAACCCACAUACUGAGAAGGGCGGAGAUAACCUAAUAAACAAACAUUUAGACACAAGUAUAAAUGUAUCUAUAUCUGAUGUGUAAGGUAGUGUAGAAGAAUAGUAUGUGAAUAGCAGUAGGUUAUUUAUUGCGGCUUUUCAUAUAGAUAAUUUUCAAAGUCACAGUUCUGUGUAGCACUUCUGACUUAUAAAGAGAAUUUGUUACAAUAUCGGUAUUGUGAAUGUUGCCUGCUAUGUUUUGGUGUUUGAUAUAUCAUGAAUGAAGUGCAAGUUUUUGAUUUUUCUCUUUAUAUACUCUUGUUUUGGUUUUUUUGAUCUCAUAACAAGCUCACUGUCAGUAAUGAUGGCAUGUAGUUUUAAUGUUCAUUUUUAUUUCCAACAUAUCAUAACAUUACAAAUACACAACUACAAAGGUAACAUAUUGAUUGGCUAAUGUGUAACUUACAGUCACUGUAUAUGCCCCAAAAUGGAAGGUCCUUUAAACAAUAUUGCUGUGUACUCAUGCACAUGAAGAACGUGUAAAAUGUUUUUAACUGAUACCAAAUUUAUGGUCCCUACAUGUAUAUAGAAGUCAUGAUUGAUGUUCAGGAAUAGUUAAUUUAUGUUGCUUUAAUUAACUUACAUACACUUUAACAUUCCAUAAUUAUUACUAAGAGUGAUGCAGUUGUGUAAAUAUUACAGGGUACCGGUACAUUAUAAGUGUUUAACAACUUUAUAUGCUAAAUGAUUUUACCAUUAUACACAACAUGUGAAGUGAAUUCUUGAAUGCUAGCUGGCCUCAGGAGUUCCUGGGACAUUGAACAGCUAGUCUAAAUGUACAUUAAGUAGACAGCUUUUGGUUAUAAUUACUGGUAAAAAUAAAAGCUCUACUGGUAAUUAUCUCAAAAAAUCUUCUCUCCUAUCUAAAAAAUUUGAUAAAAUACGUGCUUUAUGAAUACUCUUAACUCGCCAAUCUUUUUUACAUAAGAGGUUCAAGAUUGACACAAACUUUGAAUUGGUUAUGUAAUUUUCAUAAGAAAAUCACGAGGAGACUUGAUGAUGGACAAGUGAAUACAAUUUAGUCUGUUGUGUGAAUGUAUAUAUGGAUGUCACACAUCUUGUUACUGCUAUUUAAUACUUUUUUAUUUAUAUUAACUCGGUAUCAUUCCAAUAGUUUGACCUCUUUCUUUUGCUUGGGUUGUGGUGAUUGAUUUUUUUAAUCAUUGAUUUCUAUGAUAAUACCCGUAUAUAUACAUGCAUUAUGCUGCUUGAAUGACGAAUGGAGGUUUUCAGUAUAUGAAGGAUUUUGUUACGUGUUUUUUUGGGUUUUUUUUUACAACAGCAUUGUGUAUUACAUUGAUGGGUAGGAGUCACUGUGUGAAAUAACAAGUUGUAGGUUAUAUUACUGAAGUUUUACUGUGUAAAUGUUCAUGUUCAUACAAUGUUGUCCUUGUUUAUUCCAUAUCUAAGAGAAAUCCUUGAAAAAUCUGGCAUAAUCAAACUUGCAUGUUUUGAAACUGACAGGCUUAGUUAGCAUAGUCAUGGCCCUUUGAUAAGAAAUUAACUCUCAUAAGGAGAAAUUCCUUGAACUAACCGGCAAUUUCGAUCAAAUUUGACCUGUAUUUUAUGCUGAAAGUGUCACCUAAUUAUGAUGAAGAUUUCACUACAAAAAUUAUUGCCAAUCAGUCCAAUUUUUUAAAUGUGAUUUGUGUAAGGGGUCAGCAAUGUCUGUUCAAUCAACAGUGCUAUCAAAAACUGAUUUUACCUUUUUGCAAUUUUUUGAUUUGUUUAAAAGCCGAACCUGUAUUUAUCCUAUCCGAUAUAGAUAAUUCUGCAUGUAAUAUAUACGGUAAGUAAUGAUUUAGAUACAUACGAUGUUUUUAGCUAGGAUACUUUUCUUUUUUUGGAUUUGUAUCGGAGUUUAAUUAGAAUGUUAAUAGAAAGUACAUUUUGUAAUGUUGGAUAUCUUCCAAAUUUUCAAGGGUUCAGUCAAAUAAUAUGCCUAGCAAUCAUACUGUUGCAUUCAUUGUAGUAAACCAAAAUGUACAGACCAUUGUUUUUAAAAAUACAUGUAUUCUUUUUUAUUUACUUGAUUUUUUUCCUCACUGUUGCUGAGUAAAGUGAUGAAGUUAAAAAAUUAUUCUGUCUGCUUAACAUCUUGAAUGAGAUAAUUUAAAUCAAUGUCAAUUUGUCUACUGGAAACACAGAAAUCUCUAAAAAAAAUUAUUUGUUAUAUUUCUUCACACAUAAUCUAAUUAAUGUGAUGGCAUUGUUGGAUACCUGAUAUUUUGAUUUUUUUUGAUGAUUUUUCACAGACUGUUUUAAAAUAAGCUUUAAAGAAUUAUCCAUAAACAGGUUAAAAAAGAUACUGGCUUUAAUUUUAUAAACGUCUUUUUAUUUGCUUAAAUUGUAUAUUGUAUAAAUAGAAUUAAACCAAUAAUAUUGAACCUGAUUUAAAACUGGGAAAUUCCUUUAUUUGCCAGAAAGUGCAAUCUGCAAUCCAAUUUUUUCCACAUGAAACCCAACUUGUCAAAAUGUCAUAUUCUGUUAUUGCAUAAUAUAUAUAUAUUAUCACUGUAUAAUAUUUUGUGUUAGUUUAUUAAGACUGCAGUAAAACUUAUUGUCAUUGA